UGUGAACAUUUCUGGGAGUGAAAAAGGAACAGAUGAAUGGGUUAUAAGUCUUAUUCCUAAAUUAAUGGUACCUUUAAUGGUACUGUUUGUACUAAUUUAGACCAAGUAAAAAGGGUUCGUGUUGUUACUGACAUACUGAAAUAUUCCAUGUGAAUGUGGUGGGUGUGGUGAAUGUGGAGCCGUUUGUCCCUUCACAGGUAUAUAAGAGAAGCCUCAGUAGACUUGUUAUUCUACAGACAUAAGACAGACUGCAAACUUUCCAGUGUAUUUACAGCAUUGGAGCUUUCGAUUCUAACUUACAGGCAACAUGAAGCUUUUGAUCUUUGGUGUGAUUUUGAUUGCUACACAUACUGGAGCCCAAGAUCUGGAAAAAAAGCUUUGUUACACUCAGUGGUUUGACCGGGACAAUCCCAGUGGGAAUGGCGAUAAUGAAACCUUGCGAGACUUGAGAGCAGAGUAUCCAAGAAUGAUCUGUUCCAAACCUCUGACCAUUCAGGCUGCAACACUCACUGGUGUUCCUGCAGAAAGCAUUGGACAAGUGUUUCAAGUGUAUGAUACAGUUUCUGGAUUUGCCUGUGUCAGUUCUCAACAAAAGAAUGAUGAAUGCUGUUUGGACUAUAAGGUGCGUUUUGGAUGCCCAUGCCCUUGGCCCCCAUUCAAGCCUGAAGUGGAGUAGAUCCCAGCCUAGAACUUUUACUUAGAUACUGCACACAUGCAUGCUUGUUUCUUCAGCCAUUUUAUUAAACAAUUUAAAAGGCUGUUUUUCUUUUUUCUUUUUAAAAUGUCUAAAAUGUCACUGAGUAUAUCUUGUUUUUGAGAUGAUUAACUUUUUCACUUGUAUUCUUAGACAUUUGGUGAUUAGGUUAUUGACUGUAGCAUGUUCUUUGUAUGCUGUUCUCAUUACGAAUUAAAGAAUGCAAACAUAUGGGAUUUAAAUCAUACGUUAUCUAGUCAGUUACUUUGCAAAACUAUAGUUUUAUUAAUGGAAGUGUCAGUGUUUGUUUUUUUAAAUUCUGGUUUUGAUAAGUAUUGUGUGUGUGUGAGUGGCAGGGCAGAUUAUGUUUUUAUAUGUUAUUAUAUCUUGCUUCAACAGUGGCAAGACAACUCCCUGAGACAACUAGAAGUUAAAAUAAUGAGAGAAACAUACUUUGAAAGGGAACACAUCCUAUUCUGUGUGAACAGAUAUUGGGAUUAUAAAUCGUUACUCGUCCACAUUAUAUACCUUAAAAUCAAACAGUACUAGGUGUGUUGAAAGGAGGUUCAGUAUCAGCAUCAUAGUAAAUGGUCUGCACUUAUAUAGCGCUUUUAUCCAAAGUGCUUUACACUGUGUCUCAUUCACCCAUUCACACACACACUCACACACCAAUGGUAGCAGAGCUGCCAUGCAAGGCGCUAACUUGCCAUCGGCAGCAACUUGGGUUCAGUGUCUUGCCCAAGGUCACUUGGACUAUGUGGAGUCAUGUGGGCCGGGAAUCGAACCGCCAACCCUACGAUUAGUGGACAACCCCGUAGUCAUAGUCAUAGUCAGUGUGAUUCUGCAGUUUGUAGUUUCUUUGGUCUCUAGACUGUUUACAUCAACUGUAU